AUGUUCGGGUGGGACGAAUCUCGAGAUGCCCACCAACAGGUGUAUGGCGAUGAUGACAACCAGGCUAAAUUCUCUCACGAAUUAAUUGGAGGCGCUGCGGCUUUUGAGGGCAUGAAGCUCUUUGAAGAUCGUCAGCGCAAAGAAGGCAAAGUAGUCAACCACCAGUUUGCCAAAGAGCUUCUAGCAGGUUUUGCUGGUGCCGAGGCCGACCGGCUGGCUGAGACUAAGGGCAUGGACGAGUACGAUAGAAUUGAGGCCAAGAGGCAUGCCGAACGAUCAGCCCAAAACAUGUAUGACCAGCAUUAUCGAGAUGCUGAUCAGUAUGACCCGAACCAGUAUGAACAACCAAACUUCAACUACUGA